UGGAGCAGAGACACACAGAGAGGGAGAAAGGACAGAGAGCACGAGAGAGUGAGGCGGCUGGCGCAGAGUCGUUCCUGGAAUUGAAACGGGCAAAUAUAGAAACGAAGGGCAAAGAAAGACGCGCAGAGAAGCAAUGAGAGACGAGACCAAUUUUUGCUUCAACAUGCAAGUAUAAACAGAUUUUUUAAUUCUUAUUUUGAAGUGAUAGCUGCAGGAGACACAGAUCUUUGGGAUGUGAAGUGCAUGUGAAUAGAUCCAGAAAGAACAAGAAGGACUUGGAACCUGCAGCUGUCCAUGACCCGAGUGCUCUGAGGUCAAGUUGUCGUGACCUCUUAACCUGCUUUAGGAUCAACUUCAAUAAGGGGAGAUUACAAGUUGAGGCAAAUUAGACUCACAAGGGAAACAUCCGAUUCUCCCGGCUUAAUUUAUUUUGUGAAGAAGAGAAGUUUUGGGGGAAAUAGCUCUGGUGGACACCUUCAGCAGCCAUCAGCAUCAACCAGCUUCAGCCAACAAGCUUCAUCAGCUCAACCUUGCCUUGAGGAAGCCCCCACAAGACUGACCAGUAACUGUCACGCUGUUGCGCCCAAGAUGACAUUCGCCAUGCUGCGCACGGCACCCCCCGCGGGCCGCUUCCUGUACGGCGACAUCGCCCUUCUCUCCGAAGACGAUGACGACAACGGCAGCGAGGGCUCAGGCUCCGAGGAGCGUACCAGCAAUUCCUCCAACGCCGCCUUUCGCUUGUCCUCGUCUUCCCCAUCUGCCUUUCACAUCAAGGUGAACAGGAAGAGGAAGCUGUGCGGGGGAGGAGGCGGAGGGAUAGAUGUAGGGGCCAUGGCCGCGAGACUGGUCCCCCCGGACUCAUCUCCACCUAAGGAAUAUCGCCAGAGGACCGCGGCCAACGCGCGGGAGAGAGAUCGCACCAAUUCUGUCAACACAGCAUUUACAGCGCUGCGCACACUCAUCCCCACCGAGCCUGCAGACAGGAAGUUGUCAAAGAUCGAGACGCUGCGUUUGGCCAGCAGCUACAUAAGCCAUCUGGGUAACGUGCUGCUCCUGGGCGAAGGGCUUCAUGACGGACAGCCCUGCCACGCUCCCUCACCGCCGUUUUUCCAUGUCAGCUCCUCCCCCAACCGAGGAUCCGACCAAUCAGCGCAGCCCAAGCACAUCUGUACCUUCUGCCUCAGUAACCAGAGGAAAAUGAAUAAAGACAGAGACAGGAAGACCGCCAUAAGGAGCUAACAACGACGACACGAGCCACGUGGAUAAAAUGCUCAUCACUUGCUUACAGCGAUUUUUAAAAUUACUGCAACUUGAAGACUAACCAGACUCAAAGACUUUUGAAGGACUCCUUGCAGCACUUCCAGGAUUUUCCAGGAACAUUUUAACUAAAGUUUGCAUUUUGUUAAAGGACCUUUUUUAAAAAAAAAAAAAAAAUUAGAGUUUGAGAACUUUCAAAUGGCUUUCACAUGCAUACCAACACCACCAAGAACCUCUUAAUACCACUUAUAAAAGACUCUUGACUGUAUCAGUGACUCUGAGAACUUAUGGCACAUGAUCUGAAAACACACUCAUAAACUUGUAUUCCCGAAAAGCUGUGUGUUAUUAAUGUGUAAACUGAAGUAUAAAUGUAUAUUUAUGUGACAUAACAUUAUAUAAUGAAACUAUGUUAUUUAACGGCUAUAUGACUUUUUUUGAGAAACAAUGUGCAUCGUUUUGAGGUACAAUCUUUGGCUAUAUGACAUCACAAAAAUAUGCUGGAACAUUGUUGGCAUUGGUUAUUUCUAAUAAUCAUUUUUGAGAGUUGAACUUAACUCAAGAUGAGCAAUAAAUUGUUUGUAUAUCUGGGAUUAAAUUUCAUUCAUAUGCUGCUGGUAUGUUAAACAGAUUGUACUCUAAAAUGUUCUCCUAAUUCUUGCCAGUCCCAACCAAUAAACGUUGUAGAAGUUUCCACCGUGACUUUCCGGUGAGCUGCAGAUAUAU